GGCCUAGAAAUCGUUAAUAGGACACUGUGUCAACAUACAGGUUGAGAUAACAGUGAACAGCUGAAGAGAUUUCAGAUAAUAGUAAAUUCAGACAUGGUGUAGAUAGGACUUAUUGUCUUCCUGGAGAUGAACAUGAAAGUUCCAGCGAAAAAAAAGGAUCCUGGAUAUGAGAUCACUCGCCAGAACUGAGGAGAGGAGCCAGUGAAAAUAUGUAAACAUGAAUCCUUAUGAUCAUGAAUCGUCUAUGGCUGUAGUUGUCUCUCUCUCGCCGCUUCGGCCUCAAGUUAAACAGCUGGAAAAAUGAGUGGUGCCGGGCUCUGUGGAGCAGCCGGGCUUUCCCACAGGCCGUGAUAUGAAAUCUGUGAUGCUCCGCGGGCUUUGCCUGCUCAGCCUCAGCCUUCCUUUGUUGUUUUGGUUUGGACAUGUGAUCACACGGGACGGUCCUGCGCCUGCCGUGCGAAGCACCGGGCUCAGGGGCUACAUCAGGAUUACCCCCGGCAGGGUGGAGCAGUUUCUGGAUAUCCACUGCAGCCAGUGUGCCUUGGUCUCCAGCUCAGGUCAGAUGCUCGGAGCUGGCGUAGGUGAAGAGAUUGACAAGAUCGGAUGUGUUAUCCGGAUGAACAAUGCACCCACACAGGGGUAUGAGAAGGACGUAGGGAGCCGCACCAGCGUCCGGGUUGUGUCUCACACCAGUGUUCCUCUGUUGGUGAAAAAUGAGCACUACUAUUUCCAGCAGUCGGCAGACACUACAUAUGUGUUCUGGGGUCCUGACAGGAACAUGAGGCAAGAUGGGAAAGGACAUAUCUUUAACACUCUCCUGAAAAUAGCAAAGAAGUAUCCAAACGUCAGGAUCUACGCUGUGACCAGAGAGAAGGUUCAGUUCUGUGACAGUGUGUUUCAGAAUGAAACUGGAAAAAACAGAAUGAAGACGGGGGCGUUUCUCAGCACCGGAUUUUUCACAAUGAUUCUGGCAAUAGAUAUGUGUGACAGAAUCCAUGUCUAUGGGAUGAUCGAUGAUAACUACUGCAAUCGGGCCAAUCACAGCGUUGUUCCUUACCAUUACUAUGAGCAAAACCGAAUCAACGAGUGCAGAAUGUACAAGGUCCACGAGCACACACAACGUGGGGGCCAUCGCUUCAUCACUGAGAAGGCCAUCUAUGCUAAAUGGGCAACGCGCCAUAACAUUGAGUUUAAACACCCCUCUUGGAGCCUCUGAAGAAGGAGAUCCUAAAACCCAGAAGAUGCUUCUGGACUCUGCUGAAGAUUUUAGUGCUGCUGAAGCAGGAACUUUAUCAAGUACAAAAUAUGUUACUGACGGACUCUGGCUUUCAUUUGGAAUUCAACUGUUUUUUUAUCCUGUAUGAGCAAUUUAAUACUGGCUCACUGUGGGGAAAAAAAACAUCUGCAAUAUGACACAUUUUAUUUCUGUGCUUAAGAUAAGCAAAUUUACCAGCAUUUAAGUGGUUUUAACAUACCACCCACAGUAUUACUGAAUAUUCCUGUUGCAUAUAGCCAUAUGUCGGUAUAGACACUGUUAAAACAUAAUAAGCUUCUAAACUAGACACUAAAAGCCAGUUUAUACCAAAGAUGACACUUUUAAAUGGCUGUGCCUUGACUUUAGGUCUCAUUUUAUUGUGAAAUCUGGCCUGUGUAAUAUAAAGCUACAAUGUGCACCUUUACUCUGUGAGACGGAAACUGUUUUGUUUAAGGAACAAAUUAUUAUUUUCAUUCAUGAUCAAUCUGGUGUUAAUUUUCUCAAUCAAUCCUAAGGGUUGAUUGAAGGCAACUGGACCUCUUUGAAGAUUGAAGACGUUUCUCUUCUCAUCUGAGAAGCUCCUUCAAUUCUAGAGACUGGUUAGAGAGCCCAAGCAUUUAAACUCAUCCCUAUCCCACCUAGUGGGUGGUACCUCUGGGAGCAACUGAAACCACUUUGGUGGAACCAUUCACACCUUGGGUGGCGCCUGCUGGGCUGCCUCAAGUGGACUCGUUAGUACCUGAGGGUACCUUGGCUCAUCGUAGAAACUAAGCAUCAUGUGAGUCGUUAGAGUCUUAUUGUGUUCAUAUACCAACAGCAACAAAUGAACAACUGAACAUACAUACCAGAAGAAACACAGUCGAGCUUUUACUUUAUACUUUAUCCAUCAUUAACUACUGUUUGAUACUGAAGAUUUAAGCUAUUUAGUUGCCCCAUACAGCAGCUAGUUGCAGUGUUUUAAAUGCUUAACAAGAUUUUCAUUAAACCAAAAAAAAAAUGCUCAUACGUUUCAUGACCCAACCAUCACAUAAGAAUCAGUAUUAAAAUGUAACUGCAGAGAGAUCCACUGUCCAUCACAUCCACUUUUCAGCACCACAGACAUCUACUUUAAAAUUGUUUACCCUUUGUAUUUUGCUACCUGUUUACAAUGAAAACUAUAGUGCUGCCUUUUCAGUUGCAUAAUGCUCAUUUUGUGACUAAUUCCAAAGACUGUGAUAGUAUUUGCACUACAGCGCAAACUACUGUGUCAAAGUAUUUUACUGCAUGUACAUUUCAGACAUGAGUUGUUGGAAUUCGGAUGUAUUAAAAAGGACUUCUUCAUAAGCAUACUUAUUUUGUGAAUGGUGCAAAUUAAAAACUUGAAUCUAAACUUGGCCAUUGGCCACUGCUAUUGUGAGAUGGAUGUCAACAUGAAUAA